ACGUGUCCGUGCGGGGUUUUUUUCACGUCGCGCAUGUAAAUGGCUUAUUCCGAAUGUUUCAGAAAACGGAAUAUUGACCUUAACCCGUAUGUCGACUGCAUGUAAACGUAGUCAGUGUUUUGGGGCAUAGUACCAAAGAUAGCCAGUGGCGGCGCUAACGUAAUACGUCUAUGUUUACAUCGAGCGAAGAAAAAAUCUUACCAGGUCUCGGAAGUGGUUCAGAAGUUCUCAAGAAGGGGUCUUCGGCUGUCAGUACAUAUUGGUAUUAAAAAGUCAUGGCAGAGCCCAGAAUAUCCUCCAUCGAUGGGAAGCUAGCCGAAGAGUUUGCCGCUCCCGCCCACGUGAAGGAGGUCAAGGACAAGAUGGCUGCUUUUGCCCAGCGUCACGCCGAGGCCGGUCGCUGUGUGGUUCUCAUCACAUCCGGGGGCACCAAAGUUCCCCUGGAGUCACGUACCGUUCGAUUCCUCGACAAUUUCAGCAGCGGAAGGAGGGGAGCGUCAUCGGCUGAGUAUUUUCUCGACUCCGGCUAUGCUGUCAUCUUCCUGCAUAGGCAUCGUUCCCUGUAUCCAUACACUCGCAUGUUCUCCACUGUCAACAUGCUGGACACCCUGCAGUUCAGUGCAAGUGACUCUGGCGAGGUGGUGGUGAACCAGCAGGUGCUCCCAAACAUCGCUAAAGUGCUAAAGCGCUACCGGGAAGUAACCAAUGGCCAACUCCUUCUCCCCGUCGACUUCAGCACCCUGUCAGAGUAUCUGCACCUGCUUAAAGCGGCAGCACAGGCCCUCAGCACUAUAGGAUCUAAGGCUAUGUUUUACCUGGCUGCAGCAGUGUCGGAUUUCUACAUCCCAGCAUCGGAAAUGCCCGAGCACAAAAUUCAGUCUUCAAAUGGACCUCUUCAACUAACCAUGAACAUGGUCCCCAAAAUCCUGUCCCCGUUAGUGAAGGACUGGGCGCCGCAGGCCUUCGUCAUAUCCUUCAAACUGGAGACAGACGCCACCAUCCUGCUGGAGAAGGCUCGGCGAGCGCUGGACACCUACAGGCACCAGGCGGUCGUGGCCAACGUGCUCGACUCCAGGCGGGGUUACGUGGUGGUGGUGACCCCGAGCACCCAGGACGAGGUGGUGCUCUCCAAAGAGGAAAUGAAGAACGAGGUGGAGAUCGAGGAGAGGAUCGUGACUAACUUGACAGCUGCACACGCGCAGUUUAUUACGCAACAAGCGGGCUGAUAGUCAUUGGAGUUUACUGUAGAUUGAGAUUUGGGAUAAGUAUAAUUAAUCGAUUACUGAAAACAAUCAUGUCAUCAAUCAUUAAAUCUAUGCAACGUUUGUAUCAAGGUUGGUAAUAUCUUGACGCAAAGUAAGGAUAAUGUUAUUACAUGGCAGCAAACAGCUACAAAUAAAUACGGUAUUGACCCAAAUAUCAAAUGACCCUUCGUUUAAGACUGGUUUCUGAAAAAUACUUAAGACAAAAACAUCAUCAAUACUGCAUUUUACUCAAUCUUUGUUUCAUGACUCACCAUCACUGAUCAUCAUUUUAAAAUGAGCAUCAGAAUAAUAACUUGUCCAACCUUUGAGGUCGCUGGUGUGUGACAGGAAGAAAGGCUCUGACUUGCAUGGGGAGAAGAGUCGAAUAUAAUACGACUCGACAUUUCAGGUCAAUACGGUACAAUUCUUGAAACUUCCCUAAUUUAUAAUCAUGAUAAUGAUUCUGACUGUAAUGCUUUAACUUGAAGUUCAAUGAAUGAUACAAUGAUGUUUCUGUACAUGGACAGCAUGUAAUGCAACCUAUUAAAAUGUGUACAAGUUUAUUCUUUUUGUGCCCCAGCAUUAAUCAGCGUCUUUAUGAAAACAU